AUGGCCGACGAGAAGAAUCCACUCCCUACUGUAUCUCCAAUCACCGUGCCGGCGGAUUCUACCAACGACUCGAACAUGAACGAGCUGGGAUCACUGAUACAAGGAGUCCUGCAACAAACACAAGAUCGCUUCCAGCACAUGUCGGAUCAAAUCAUUCGCCGCAUUGACGACAUGACCACAAGAAUCGACGAUCUCGAGAAGAACAUCUCGGAUUUGUUGCAAUCCAACCAGGUGGAGCAUCCAUCAUCCACCACCAACUGA